AUGCGCUAUCUCAAAUCUUCUCCAGCUGCUGGUUUGUGUUUUUCUUACACGGGCACCCUUUCUGUUCGUGCCUUUGCAGAUGCUGACUGGGCAUGUUGUCCUGACACUCGACGGUCUGUCACUGGCUUCCGCGUAUUCAUUGGCUCAUCACUUGUUGCGUGGAAAAGCAAAAAGCAAUGCACUGUAUCUCGAUCUUCAACGGAGGCGGAGUAUCGAGCUCUAGCAACUUCGUUUACUCCAGUUUCAUCUUCUGCUCAAUUGGCAAAUGUCUUCACCAAGCCCUUGGUUGCAUCUUCGUUCAGAUCCAUGAUUUUCAAGUUGAGCGUUGUCAAUCUUCUACGUCCCACUUGCUGGGGAUAA